GAGGUCUUGCUAGGUACAGCAGGUUUAUAGAGAGUCAUUGACGAGAUGCAAGUUCAGCGCUGCCCAGCUCUAGCUGGAAAGCAUCCGAAAGCAAAUGAUUCCGGAAGCUAAUCGCGGUUCCCCUUGCUCGACGUCGAUAUCUCAUUUCGAUCAUUACACUAGCGAUUCUACUGCCAUUCGAUAUCUUAUUAGCUCACACAGUCCCAGACAACUAUGACUGACCUUUAUCAUCCGUCCAGAGGAGGUACUCGAGGAGGAGCGGCCGAGUUCAAGUGGGACAAUGUCAAGGGGGACAAGGAUAGGGAGAACUACUUAGGCCACUCGAUCAACGCCCCGACAGGUCGCUGGCAGAACCGCAAAGAUAUCCACUGGUACGCCCGUGACAAGACCGACACCGAUGAAGGAGAAAAAGACCGUAAACGCAGAGAAGAGAUCAAGCGUCAGAAAGAGUUGGAGGAGAACGCGCUGAGUAUCGCUCUUGGGUAUGGACCUACCAUCAAAGAUGGCGAGGACGGAGACGGAGAGGGAACGGGGGCGAAUGGGAUCAAGGUGGAAAAGACGGAAAAGGAGAUAGAGCUGGAUAGGCUUGAAGCCGAGGAGAAGAGGAGGAAGAAAGAACUGAAAGCCCAGAAGAAGGACUCCAAGCGCAUAGAAAAGGAAGCCAAGAAAGAGUUCAAGCAGGAGGAAAAGGCGAAACGUCGAGCAGAGCGAGAGUCGAGAGAUCCUUACCGUGGCAGUCAUGGGGAUCGUCGAUCGAGGUCGAGGUCGAGAGACUCGAGGUCAAGGCCGAGGGAUUACGACGAGCGAUACGAUAGGGAGAGAGACAACCGUGGACGAGCUCCGGCAAGUAGCAGGGAUAGGUACAGAGAUGCGGACAGGGGAAGGGAUGCGGGUCGAGAGAGGAGACGGUCUAGGAGCAAAAGUCCGGUCGGGAAACAAGAGGUCCGAUCGCUAGAUGUUGCAGAUAAGACCCCGCCCAGGAACCGGGAUCGAUACAGCAAACCGACCCGUCGAGAAGAACGCGGCAAAGUCGAAGAUUACGACUUUGAGGAGGAACGGGCCAAGGAGAGGAGACGCUGGGAAAAGUAUCACGAUCGGGAACGCGGGAUGGGGACCGAGUGGGGUCGAGGGAGAUAGUAGAGGGCUCUUGAUGGGAUUGUAAGAUGAACAGCCGGAUUGUAUACCUUUUCUUCCCUCCGUUAGCGCGCAUCGUUAUAUUCCUCUCAAAAUGCAAGGAAAUUGUUCUGCGUCAACUGAUAUUGAGUUUCCAGCCACAGACAGA